CCUGCACUGUGCACGGGUUGCCUUACAGCCCUGCAGCCUCUCUGGGCCCUCACCCUCCCAGACCGUGCAGGCAGGCAGCAGCUCCAGCUCUCUUGCUAACUCUCUUCAGUUCUCCCUCACAUACAUACAGCCACAGGCUCUCGCUCUCUCGCACACACGCACACAGAGGAGGGAGAAGGGGUCGCUUGCAGUGCUUUAUAGAUCCCUCCGCGUCUCUGCGAGUGUGUGUGUGACACCGACAACUCCUUGGGAAGUGAGUGGAAGGGAAGGAACUACUUUCAGGAAACUAGCUUGCCCUGGAGGCACUGAGAAGGGAGGCGCUGCAGGCCUCUCCAGCUGCUGGCGUGGGGGCGCCCGAGGGGAUUAUUUUCUCUGCCGCCCCCUUCUCUCCCCUGGUUAUUUGGAAUCAAGCUGUGGCGGCGGAAGGAGCCUGAAGUCAACGCUUCCGCCCAGUUUUCCUGCGAGGAGGAGGUGGGAGGAGAGCGCGGGGCUGCGGCUAAUGGAGUUGCUGCUGCUGGGGACGGAGCGCGGCUGCUGAACUUAUCGCCGGCUCCGGCUGGGGGCUUCUGCCUUCCGCCCCUCCGCGGGACGCCUGCUGGCUCCUUGCCCCCAUUCCCCCUCUCCUCACACAAACAGCCGUGACGCAUCCCGCCGCCCCAUCCCCCCCCACGCUGCCUCACAGCGCCUCCCCGCUCCACCCCCAGCCCGCCCGGCUUCUUCCCUGCUCGGGGCUGUUGCUCGCUGCGGGAGGGGUGGGUGAUUUGCCCCCCGCCCCUUCCUCCCCUCUCGGGUCGCAGCCGCUGCUGUUCGGAGGAAUUUGUGCCGCGGCUGCUCCCGUCCCUGCUGCCCAGGGGCGCGCUGCGAGGGGAGAGCCCGCUCGGCGAGGAGGAGGAGGGCACUGAAGGUAGCUGCAUCGGGAGAUGAGCUGCAGCAGGAGGACGGCGGCGCGGAGUUCACUGCAGCUGGGAGCCUUCCUCUUCCACCAGCGCCAGCCUGUUCCCAUUAAAGACCAGAGGGGCUGCGGCUCCCACCCUCGCUGAGGCAGGGGGCUGCGCUCCAGCGCCGGACAGCAAAGUCCCUGCGGCUCUCGGAUAAAAGACUUGCCCCUGCAGCCUUGAUAGUGAUUCUCGUUGGGGAGGCAGAUCUGGGGGUUAACAAUGGUGAGGUUUCUGGUGAGUUCCUGCUGCGCCCUGGCUGCGUCGGUGCUGCUGCUGCUCCAUCUCGCUGUCGGAUCACGGUGAGGAAAAAAUGAGCGAAGAGACGGCGACUUCUAACAACGAUAAUAGUUAUGCAAGAGUGCGAGCUGUGGUGAUGACCCGGGAUGACUCAAGUGGUGGAUGGUUACCACUUGGAGGGGGUGGACUAAGCUGCGUUACGGUCUUCAAAGUCAUUCAUCAAGAAGAGAACAGCUGUGCUGAUUUUCUUAUCCACGGAGAACGACUCAGGGAUAAAACGGUGGUUUUGGAAUGUACGUUAAAGAAGGACCUCAUUUACAACAAAGUUACCCCAACUUUUCACCACUGGAAGAUUGAUGACAAGAAGUUUGGCCUCACAUUUCAGAGUCCUGCUGAUGCACGAGCAUUUGACAGAGGCAUCCGUAGAGCUGUAGAAGAUAUCUCUCAAGGUUGUCCACCAUUGCACAGUGAUGCUGAAGUGGCUGAAGAUGGCUUUCAAGUAAGUGUUUUAGCUUUAUACCAAUCACAUAAUUUAGAGCAAAUGACAGUUGAUUGACUUUUGUAAUUUUAUUUUGCCGCUUCUUCCUAGUACUUAUAGUAG